AUGCCCGAGCAGGCUUCACAACAAGCUUCCCAACCAGCUGCGACCAGGUCAGGGUUCUGGGCAGAAAUAGAGUCUAUGAAGUCGCCAGAAUCCAAGGACGUCGCGCCAGAACCAAAGGUUGGGGAGAACGCACCGACUGCGCCUGAACUCGUUUUACCAGAUGGGCGAAAGACAUUAAUACUUUUCCUGCGUCACUGUGGCUGUCCCUUGUCGGAAAUGCAAAGGGAUGUCCACUGCAUUGCGGUGUCCCAUUCCUCACCUGAAGCAACCGAGCGUUGGAUACCCCAAGUUGGAGGUGCUUGGCAUACUGACGUAAUUAUCGACGAAGGUCGAGAUCUCUAUGCAAAAUGGGGGCUGGGACUAUCCAACACUUGGCACGCAUUCAACCCCAUGGCUUUGUACUCUGUCUAUCGCCUAGGUGCCGAUGAAGGCAUCUGGAACCGUCCCACCGAGAGUGGAAGUCGAUGGCAAAAGAGCGGAGCGUUUGCAGUAGAUGAAGCCGGAAUGGUGCGCUGGCGGCACAUCUCCAAGACUGCCGACGACCUGCCUGAUUUUGACGCGGCUCUCGAAGCGCUCGGUAUCGUCUCGGAUGACCAAGGCAAAAAUUAA